ACCGAGAAGCUGCAGCAGGAAGAGAGACCUGCUCUUGUUGCAUACUUGCAUGGACGCAUAGGCCGAGCCGCCGAGGAGAGACUCGCUGUUGUAGAACAAGACGCCUCGCAUCCCCUACCGUUUCCGCGACCACAGCGUUGACUCAUUCCGUGCCUCCCACUACCACCUCGGCCCCACGCCUCCCUAGCCCCACCCGUCAGUAACAGUAGCGCGGCGACCCCAUAGAUGGAAGCGCAGCAGCGGCAGUGUCCCCUUCCGGCUCCGGCUGGGAGCGCGGUGCGGACUUGCGCUGCGGUGUGUGGCUCGUGUUUUGGUCCGGGUCCGGGUCCUGGCUGGGCCUGUCCCAGGUCGAGUCCGGUUCGGAUGGUCGGUGCCGGAGGCGUGGUGCGGAACCCUAACACUAGGGGCCGGCUAUAUUAGAUGCUGGGGGGCGGCGGCGGUGGCGCGGGCCUGGGACUGGACCUCUCGGCGGUGAUUCAGGCGGCGGUGGUCGGGAUCGUGCUGUUCUCGGCGGCCGUCAUCGCCGUGCGCCGCGCGGCUUCGCGCUACUUCGUCGUCGACGCCGCGGGGUUCGCCGCCUCCUACGACGAUCACCACCACCACACCUCGUCCGCCUACCCGAUGCCAUCCCAGGAGAAUCAGCAGGAGGGCCCCGCCGGCGAUGAGACGGGGCCGUGCGCAAAGUGCGGCGGCCUCGCCUCCAAGAAGUGUUCCGGCUGCAAGCGCGUGCGGUACUGUUCUCAAGAAUGCCAGACAAAGCAUUGGCAAACUGAUCACAAAUUCAAGUGCAAGCAAAUAAAAUUUUUGGAUCCUGCUGACAAGUUAUCCUGUGGAGGUGAGGCCAACAAUAAGAAAUCAUCUGGUUUCGGUCGCAUCUCAUUAGUGUCUGCCCGUAAAAAGUUAAACAAGGUUCUCUUUCCUUACGAUGAAUUUUUAAAGCUGUACUACUGGAAGGACUUUGAUUUUGUACCUUGUGGGCUUAUGAAUUGUGGCAACAGCUGCUUUGCUAACGUGGUUUUACAGUGUCUCUCAUGCACGAGACCACUUGUGGCCUAUCUGUUAGGAAAGGACCAUAGCAGGGAAUGUUCUAUGAGACAUGAAGAAUGGUGUUUCUUGUGCGAGCUGCAAUGCCAUAUUCAAAGAGCUAAUGAAAGUUUACACCCAUUUGCUCCUAUGAACAUUCUUUCUCAUCUGCCAAAUAUUGGUGGCAACCUUGGCUUCGGUAGACAAGAGGAUGCUCAUGAAUUCAUGACGUUUGCGAUAGAUAAGAUGCAAUCAGCUUGCCUUGAUGAAUAUGGAGGCGAGAAGGCUGUAGAUCUUAGCAUUCAAGAGACAACUGUUGUUCAGCACAUAUUUGGUGGACGGUUGCAGUCUCAGGUUCAAUGUACUGCAUGUGGAAUGGUCUCAAACCGCUAUGAUAAUAUGAUGGACUUGACAGUUGAAAUUCAAGGUGACGCUGAAUCCUUGGAGAAAUGCUUGGAUCAGUUCACUGCUGUAGAGUGGCUUGAUGGGGAUAAUAAGUACAAAUGUGAUGGAUGCAAUGACUAUGUCAAAGCACGGAAGCAUCUUUCAGUUCAUCAAGCUCCAAAUAUACUCACCGUCACUCUCAAAAGAUUCCAGAGUGGGAGAUUUGGGAAACUGAACAAGAGAGUUACAUUUCCGAUGGAGUUAGAUCUUACGUCGUACAUGAGUAGCACUGAUGGAAGUGACCUGUACGAUCUCUAUGCUGUUGUUGUUCAUCUGGAUAUGCUGAAUGCUUCAUUUUUUGGCCAUUAUAUAUGCUAUAUCAAAGGUUAUCGAGGAAGUUGGUAUAAAAUUGAUGACCACAAGGUUAUGAUUGUUGAUGAGGAGGAAGUGCAUGCUCAAGGUGCUUAUACGCUUUUAUAUAGCAGGAGAAUGGCCCGUCCCAGGCCACUUAUUGCAGUUGAAGAACUGGUGAAACAGCAACAACAAUGCAUGGUGCUUCCUUCAAAUGGGCAAAACUAUCCAAUACCAGAGGAUACAACAUUAACCUGUGAAUCACCUUCAAAGUCUUCAGAAGAUCUGUUAAAACAGGAUUCUGAAUUCAACAAUGAAUCUUUGCAUAAAAUGGACAUCAAGGACCUAGAGUCAGACUUGGAUCUACAUAUAAGCAUUGAGGGCGACAAAUCCAAUGGCAAUGAGAAUCUACAUUCGCCAGGUUCACCAGUAUCACAUGUUCUUGAAGAUACUGGAGCUCCAGGUUCUCAAUUAGAAGGCUCUACUUCCAUGAGAUCUGUUCAAUUUGACCCUCCAUUAGAAGGCGGUCCUACUACCCUGAGCUCUGUGCAAUUUGGCAAUUCUACGAGUGAAGCAUCUUCAGUUCAUUCCUUUGCAGAGCAAUGCGAGUAGCCUGUCUCAUGUAUUGAUUCAGUUGAUUACAUGCGCGUUGAUACUGAAGCUGGCGCAGAAGUUGAGAGAUGGAAUGAGCGACCAUCAGUCUUAGAUGAUUCAAUUGGAAGGACAGACAAUGAAACAUCAGCCCCAACCUUGGCGAAUGGGAUGGCAGGAAAACCAAAACCACUAUUUUCUCGUGGUUUCCUUGAUAAGCCCUCAAGAAAGAGGUCUUCCUUUCCAGAAGAGGGUCACAUUGGUGGCAAUAGCGCUGGUUCCUCUCGGAAGUUAAAUGGCCAUUGCAAAGAACAUCUCAACAGCUCAGAGAAAGGAGUUCUUGUCAACUCCUGUGGUGGCAACCCUUCCUCUGGAAGUGGGAAGUGCAACGGAGAUAUGAUUGCAACGUCCAGUAAUGGUAAUUACUAUGCAGUGAAUGGUGAUAAACAAUCUAGCAAUGACUCCUUGCAUGCAAGCAAGCGAGAUGUGCCUUUUGUUUCUGAUGGUUUUAAUCCAAGACCUUACAGGGAACCAUCAGACAUCAACACAAAUUGCAGUAAUACAAGCAGUGGUAAACCAUUGAAAGCUUGCCAAGGGGACAUGUCAUUCUUGCAUCGGGGCUUCCUUGAAAGGCCUUGUUCUAGAGGCCAAUCAGUCAAAGUUGAGGAAGGCUUGGCAUUUAGUAAUGGCACAUCAUCAUCCUUUGUGAAUGGCAACAUUAAGUCAAGUAAUAACUCAUCUUCUCGAACUGGCUUGUCUCCUGGAUUUCUUACAAGGCAUUGCAGGGAGUCUGCAGUCCUAUGCACCUCUGCGAGCUGUAUGCAUGGUCUGGAAACAAGCUCUAACAUUUCUAUGGAGCACAAAUCUAAAGGCACUGCAGUAGCGCUAGACCAUAUAGAAGAUAGGUGGAGUUCAGAUUGCAGAACGAAUGGCUCUUUGUUGCAACUGAGAGCUUCAAAUGAUAAUGCUAUUGACCACCUUGGUGAAAAUGGCCAUGCAAUUUUGACCAUCGAGAAUACCAGUUGUGAGCAAGUAAAUGGCAGUAAUGGAACUACUGAUGUGAAUGGUGUAGGUCACCAAAGGGAUGGCGCUCCUGCCAUGUUGGUCUCUGAGAAAAGCAUGGGGUCUGAACAUGAUGGUUUGCGGCGAAGAGUAACCUCGAAAUAUUUUGAGCAGAAUGGUAUUGAUGCCAAAUAAAAGCAACGACUGCAUGUCAUAGCUGGUGAGAAGGGUGGUCAUUAGAGCAUGAAAAUGGAAGGCUAUGUGCUCAUGUUGGCUAAAUGUGUAUAAACUGAAGGGUGAUGAGCUAGGAAGUAAAUGUUGGUUGAUUGAUUGCUUGAAACUGCAAUUGAAGCAAGCAUUGUUUCCUUGAUAGUAAUUUUACCUCUUUGCCACAUGGCUCCCACUUGUCAGAGGGGUGGAGGGGUGUCUCUGGGCUUCCACACAAUUUGCAGAAGCCCAGAUGCUCCCCUAAUGCCAUGCUAUUUUGCUGGCAUUAGCAUUAGGUACAUAGCUGAGCGUAGGCUUACUUUUCCCCUUGUUGAUCCAUAGCUCAAAUAAACUGUAAUUGCUGACUCCCUUGUCAUGAAAGCUGAAUCAAUUGUAGAGUGAUAAGAGGAA